UCCGAGCUUCCGGGUCCCGUCCCGGGUCCCGCGUCCCGGGUCCCGCCGCCAUGACGCUCGCCGUCUUCUUCGGGUGCACCUUCAUCGCUUUCGGGCCGGCGCUCGGACUCUUCCUCUUCACCAUCGCCCGCGACCCGCUCCGCAUCAUCAUCCUCAUCGCCGGGGCUUUCUUCUGGCUGGUGUCGCUGCUGCUCUCCUCCCUUAUCUGGUUUAUCGCGGUUAAAGCCAGCGACCCCCGGGAUGAGCCGUUGCAGAAGGGGCUCUUGAUAUUCGGUGUGAUGUUCUCUGUGCUGCUGCAGGAGGCAUUCCGCUUCCUCUACUACAAGCUCCUCAGGAAGGCCAUCGAGGGGCUGGUGGCCCUCAGCGAGGACGGCUGCUCCCCCAUUUCCAUCCAGCAAAUGGCUUAUGUGGCUGGCGUGGGCUUUGGGCUCAUGAGCGGCGCCUUCUCCAUGAUCAAUCUCCUGGCAGAUGCGUUAGGGCCCGGCACCGUGGGCAUCCAUGGGGACUCACAGCUCUACUUCCUGACCUCAGCUUUUAUGACCAUGGUGCUGAUUUUCCUUCACACCUUCUGGGGGAUCCUCUUCUUCCAUGGCUGUGAGCAUCGGCGCUGGUGGGAGAUCAUGGCGGUCGUUGUCAUGCACCUCGCUGUUUCGGGGUCGACGUUUUGCAACCCCCUGUACGUGGGCAGCCUCGUGCCCUCCUACCUGCUGAUGGCUGCUGCCGCUGCCUGGGCUUACCUACUCUCGGGAGGAUCUGCCCAGAACCUGCGGCGCUUCCUGCUCUGUCUACAGAGUGGACCCAGCCCCCAGCUGGGAUCCUGAGGCCCUGUGGGAUGUUCCUGUCCCCAGCCACCCCUGCCCUCCCCUCCAUCCUGGCGGCAAGAGUGGCCUUCACCUUCUCUGCAAUAUCUUCUCUCCUGGACUGGGGGACCCUGACUAGUCCCAGUGGGGCAGGCGCUGGGAUCCAGCUGUGGCAGCCAGCCGACCGGUGUGGCUGGGGCUGGCUUGCUCCAAUGCCUCUUUGGGAGCCCCUGGAGAACAGCUCAGUUUUGGGGGACCCAGCUUUGCUGGCCCCGCUGUGAGUGGAGCCCCAGUUAGCCUGCCUGGGAAGGAUGCUACCUUGGACUGCUGGAGGCCUGAGCCCAAAGAAACCCAUCUUUUCUCCCCCCGCCGCAGAAGAUGUGCCAUCCCCUGUGCCGGGGGGGGUGUGUGGGGCCCGCAUUGCCUCCUCACUGCAGUGUGGAGGAAGCAGCUUUGCAAAGCACUGCUGCGCUCUGGGUCGGGGCUGACUGCUGUGGUGCUACUUUCUCCACCUCUGUCCAGUCUCGCUGCCCUGGGAGCUGCAACCCUGGCACUGGACUGCAGUACCUGCAGUGAGCUGGCAUCCUGGUGCAGGGAGGAUGGUGCUGGGGGACCCGAGGGACUGACAGCACCUGGGAGGGGAAGAGGAUGGGGAAAAGACAGUACCCAAAGGGCCCACUGGACAUGAAGGGUGGCAGAGGGCUCAGGAGGAGAUAAAAUCCUGCAGCUGGUGCCGGCACAGCUUGGGGAGGGGGUUUAAGGGACCAUUCCAGUGGAGCAUUGUCCUCUCCUGCACUUGGAGGGGGAUUUUCAGGCGGGCACCAGCCCUGACGCUGUGCUACAGGACUGGGAGGGAGAAACUGCCAUUGGGCUCAGGGCUGAGAAGGCAGUUUUAUCCACAGUGGGCUUUUAUACCAAUAAAAAGA